AUGGAGCUGAGGAGAGGAAAGACCUUCAUCAAAUCCAGCCUGCAGAUUUCCCAUGAGAAACCACAGGUCCUGCCAGCCACUGCCCAGGCCAGGGAGGAUGCUGGACUCUGGCUGGUCCCACUGGAGAAGCAACCAAAGCCCCAUGAUGAGAAGGUCCUCCUGACCAGCCCUGGCCUUCAAGAAUAUGACAGAUUGCCCAACAAGGGGGCACAGUCAGGUCUGAGAGAGGGGCCCACAGACCUGUGUGGAGCCACUUUCAAACUGGUGCAGAAGAGCAAGACUUACAACUGUGUACUGGGGGCUGGCACAGUAGCUGCUACUCCAGGGCCACUGGUGGGCAGUGCUAGCUUCCCAGGGCCUCCCAGCAGGCUGACAUCCAUGGGCAGCUGUGGUGGCCGGCGCAUGAUUGACUACCGCCACUUUGUGCCCCAGAUGCCUUUUGUGCCUGCUGUGGCUAAGAGCAUCCCCAGGAAGAGGAUUUCCUUGAAACACCCCAAGAAGUGCUUUCGAAACCUGUUCCACCUUCGCAGAAACAAGACUGAGAAUUUGGCCUCCCUGGCAGCCAAGGGUAAAGUCCUAUCCUUGCCCAGGGGUCAGUCAGAGGAUGGAGGGAGGCUGGGCACAGACAUCUUCCACUUGGGAGAGGGGUCACAACCAGAUAGCCUGUUUCAGGACCUCUCUGACAGUGAACUCCCAUCAGAUUCCUCCUUUGACCUCUGCAGGGCCCUGUGUGAGGACGUGGCCUCACUCAAGAGCUUUGACUCCCUCACAGGCUGUGGGGAGAUCUUUGCUGAUGAGAGCUCAGUGCCAUGCUUGGAGCUGAAUGAGGGCUCAGAAAGUCCAGCACAGGAUCCGCAGUCCCUUGAGAGCAAUGUUCCUAGGGGCCCAUCCCAGGGCAGUAUGGAACAACUACAGUCUCCUGCCCAGAAUGAUGUGUCUGAUUUUGCCAACUUCUGGGACAGUGUGAAUCGCUCAGUGAAGCAGCAGCAGUGUGCCCUAUUGGGCCCCUGGCUGAGGGCACCCCAAGGGCUGAACAUAGACGAGUCCAGUCUGGAUGCAACUGGGCUUGCCAAGCUGCCUCUGUGCCCCUGCAGGAACCCCCACAGUGGCUCCAAAGCCAGCUCCAUAGACACAAGCACCCCCAAGAGUGAGCAGCCAGAAUCCCUCUCCACCAGUGAUGAGGGUUAUUAUGAUGCCUUCUCCCCCAGCCUUGAGGAGGACAAGAAGGAGGCCCUCAGCCCAGACAUACCUGUGACUGCUUUCCCUCGGGACAGCUACAGUGGAGAUGCCCUCUAUGAACUCUUCUAUGACUCCAGUGAGGGCCCUGUCAGCCCUAGUCUGAAUGAUGACCUGUGCAUGUCUGAUAGUCUGUCGGGGCCGGCACUGGGCACGUCCCUGUCCAUAUGCAGCUUCCAUGUGGGAGCUGAAGAAAACCUGGCUCCACUACCUGGCCCUGACCUGCUUGGCCAGGGCUUCCUGCAGAGCUCCUGGAAGGGCAAGGAAUGUCUACUGAAGCUCUGCGACACUGAGCUCUCCAUCACCAUGGGCAUCAUCAACUGGCUCCGCCGGGGCCCUGAACUUCGGGCUCCACCUGCCCAAGCCCCUGGAGAUUCCUCAGCUUCAUCUGGCUCAGGGAGAGCCUCCAGGGGACUGGUGGAGAAGGUGGAAGCCAGCUCCACAGAGAAAGACCCAUGUAUGGAGAGCCUAAAUGGAAAGAGGAACCAGCCCUCAGGUGUAGGCAGGGCUCCUGUGUGCUCAGUACCCACUGGGCAGAGAUUGUGGAAACACACAGGAACUAAGGGCCUCCCUUCAAGAGAAAGCCAAGUCCCAAGCGUGGCUAAGUGGGGAACCUGCAGUCCAUCCAAGGACCUCUCUGUAGAGCACUUGCAGGUCUCUGAGGAAGAAGGCAUAUCCUCUGUUGGGUCUGCAGACAUGGUGUCAGCAAACACUUCUGAAAAAAGCAAGACCUCAAAUUCCUCUGCCUGGACAAGCUCCCAGAAGGAGCCCAAGCUCCCUGUGAACCUAGGGUGUCUGCAAGGCCCUUGGAGGCUGGGUCUUGGAGGCAGCACCCAAGAGCAAGAGCCCUCCCUGAUGGGUUGUGUGGCCCAAGUGGCAGCCCUACAGGUACAUCAGGACAGCCAGCACCAGACAGAGAGCCACCAGAGACAGAAUGCAGGCAGUGGGCUCUGUGGGAGGUCUGCAGGCAGAAGCCUUGGCACUCCACAGCAGAGAGAGCUAGGCCACCUCCCCAGUGCAGCUGCCAUGUGUAGCCUAUCCUCCCAAGGUAGCCCAUUUCACAACCCACAGGAUCAGAGGUGCCUAGACCCUGAACUGGGCCUGAAACAUCCCAGAAGGGCACAAAGAGGUCAGCUGGACUUUGUGCUGAGUCCCCAGAACUUCUCACCAGGAACCACGGACCUUGCUUCCCACAGCCAGCAGGCUGGAGCCACCUCUACAAGUCCCACAGACCACUGCAGCCACCACCUGACCCACAAGUGCAUCCAGUAUGGUCAGGCAGAAGUGGGGAUGCCUAGGCUAGGUCUGGCUGAGCCCCACCUGUAG